AAGAGGUGUUUGCUUGAAAAUGCAGCUGGCACAGUGAGGUUGUGAACAAGGAUGGUACCCAUUGCCUGAGCAGGAGCCUAUGCUCAGGAGACAAGAAACCCUGCUCACCACACAAGGAUUAGCUCAUCACAAAGGCCAGACUUUGAUCUGUAUGCCAAGCCAGACUUCCAGAGAGAGAUCAGAAUUCCCAUCAUCAUGAACUGGAACAUGAUCAUCUCGGGGUUUAUUAUAGUAGUGAUCAAAGUUGCUGGAAUGACCGUAUUUCUGCUAUAUUUCUCACAGAUCUUUGGGAGAAAUAACGAAAGUAUCAUGCCCACAAGGAGCUAUGGAACAGGCUGCCCCAAAGACUGGGAUCUUCACCAAGGGAGAUGCUUCUUCUUCUCCACCUCUGAAUCAUCUUGGAAUAACAGCAGGGAUCACUGUGCAACCAGAGGAUCCACACUGGCAGUUGUUGACACACUAGAGAAACUGAAGUAUCUUCAGGACAUAGCUGAUGCCGAGAAGUACUUUGUUGGUUUGACACGUCAGCCGGGAGGAAAACGGUGGCGCUGGGUCAACAACUCUGCGUUCAAUGGCAAUGUUACAAAUGAGAAUCAGAACUUCCACUGCGUCACUAUAGGCCUGACAAAGACAUUUGAUGCUGCAUCAUGUGACAUCAGCUACCGCUGGAUCUGUGAGAGGACUCCCAGAUGAUCAUGGGUCUCUACAACAAGAGCAAAUAUAUGUCUACAAAGACAGCAAAAGAGAUUACUUGCAACUGAAACUAGCCCAGAAAAUACAGAACAUCCAAGACUGUGCCCAUCUCCCAUAGGCUGCUGGUCGAGCUUCCCGGUAAAUCCUCAGGGUCAAUAAACUAUUCCCUUUCACAUGCACCUUCACACAACAGGAGAAUUCCUGCUCUA